AUUUCUGUAUUUUACCAAACAUUUGCUGCGUGCAACUCUCUGCUGGCUCUCUCGCUGGGAUGCUGGACCCGUCCGUCUCCGUCGCUCACACCAACAUGGCGGAACCCAUGGAGCUGCUCUGCUGGGGAGGCGACUGGGAUCUGCCCUCCGUGCACACAGACUCUCUCGUCGUGCUGGCGUAUGCAAAAUUUUCAGGUGCAAAGCUUGCAGUAAAAUCUAUUGACUGGACAUGGAGGACUAUCACAGCGUCUGUGCCACAGAUACACUACGAGGGAUCCACGGUCACGGAACCAACACAAAUUCUAAACUUCCUACGAAAACAGAGAUUCAAUGCCGAUUAUGAGUUGACGGCCAAGCAAGGAGCAGAUACAAUGGCUUAUAUCGCCCUCCUGGAGGAAAAGCUGCGGCCAGCACUGCUGCACACAUUCUGGGUGGACGCUGAGAACUACGCUAACCUGACCCGACCCUGGUUUACGUCACAUUCCCCGUUCCCCCUUAACUUCUUUGUACCGGGUCGACAGGCCAGCUUGGCCCUGUCCCGCAUCCUACUGACCAAAGCAGAGUCGCCGUUGCUGAACAUCACAGAGGUAGAGGGAAAGAUCUACAGCGAAGCCAAAGAGUGCCUGAAUUUGCUCUCCCACAGACUUGGGAACUUCCAUUUCUUCUUUGGAGACACGCCUACAAGCCUGGACGCCUUUGUGUUUGGCCACAUCGCCCCUCUAAUUAAAGCCCCUCUGCCCAGUGGACAGCUUCAGAAGCACCUGAACCAACUUGAUAACCUCUGCCAGUUCUGCAACACCAUCCUUAAAAACUACUUUUCCGAUGCCUCUGCUGAGAAGAGAAUGGACUGCUCACAGAUGACUACCCACGAUCCUGUCGAUGCAAACCUCCAGAAACUGACACAACUUGUUAACAAAGAGUCCAACCUUAUCGAAAAGAUGGAUGACAAUCUUCGCAGCAGUCCCCAGCACAGACCGCACAGACACGAGACCAAACCCUCGUCCUUGGCCGGCCAGAGCAACUCCACCCCUCCCUGAUUAAACCCUUCUAUCCAAGCACUGAAUCAUUCAUUUAUUUUCCAUGGUAAUGGAAAUCGACGUAUUGUCACAUGAUAUUUAUAUUAUAACAUACUUAUGCAGUUAACACUAGCUUUUCAUGAUGAAGUUGUCGAAAUGUCUCACUCAGUACAACAACAUCAAGGGCUUUUUAAAUGGGCAUUCUUCAUCUGUUUUAUUUAAAAAAAUCUUUAGCACAUACGCCAACUACAUAUAAAAAGGAAAAUGCUUUUUAGUAGCCGAAACAUUGAUAUGACUUAAGAUACAAAUGCUAUAAAGAGAAGCGAGUUGCAUUUUGCAUCUUUGGCUUUUCAGAAAUCAUUGUAAAUGAAACUUUAAAUUCACUAGCUGGCUUUCCAAAUGCAGAAGGUUUUGUGUGUUUUAUGACGUUUCUAUUUAUUUGAUCAAUCCUGCCCUAGCACAAUUACAGGUACAUUAAAAGCUUUCUGGUUUAUAUACUAGGUGUUCAGCUUUUAUUCCAUGGUUCCAUCAUAGAGUCGUUUAUAAUUCGAUCUUUCCGUUGAUGUGUAGCUUUCCACUUUCUUGACUUUUGGUGCAAAGGGAUCUUGACAUCUGUGUACUGUGUAUACAUUAACUGUUCUUCAUAUUCUUCUGGAGGUUUUAUACAUGCGAGGAAUGCCUUAAAAGUCUAGUGCCACGUCACGCCAUCACACCCGACUGUAUUUUUAAUGUAAUGGGUCAUGCAUUGUUUCAAGAAAAAUUGUAUAUUUCACAAUAUAUCAAUGUAUAAAAUAUAUGUACAUAUAUGCAAUAAAGUGAAGCUCUUUGAAACUUUUCUCAGAUAAAUGUGGAAGAAAACAAGCUAACAUGUUUUAACUUAUUAUUUUUAUUCUUUAUGUAUUUUUAGUUGCUUACGCCAAAGGGAAAACUGCUACAUUUUUUUAUUUGUACAGUGGAAAGUAUUGUAGAUAAAUCCUGACAAUUUAUUUGUCUCUCUGAAUGAACAAUACUAACAUAUUGCACAACUUUCCAUUCAUUCAUCAUUUAAAUGUGGCAGUAAGAGAGAGUCAGCUAUAGGACAGCUGUUUGGAUGUCACAUGGAAGCUAUUACAACUCACCGCUCCCCAAAUAUUCACAUUCACCCUCAACAAAAUGGAAAGGACAGGACUUUUUUUUCAUCCUUUGUUUUGCUGGUUACCCCACCCCCACCCACCAUCUAUGAUUAAUUACAAUAUUAUUAUUAAUAGUAAUAUUAUGGCUAAAAAGAAGAAUGUUUAAUAACACCCACCGAUAAAUAAUUUAGGGUCAGUAAGAUUUUAUAAAAAUGUAUUUGUAAUAAAAAGAAAGUAAACAUUUAAAUGUAAAAAUCACUACACAAAUGCCUUUCAAAAAAUGCUUUUAUCCACCUCGGACUCCUGAAAAAAAUUGUUCAAACUUUUGCAGCACAACUGUCUAUAACAUUAGUGAACAUUGAAUUAGUAUCAUAUUAGUAUGAUUUCACGUAAUCGUGUGAGACUGGAGUAAGGGCUGCUGGGAAUUCAGAUUUGAAUCAUAGGAAUAAAGUACAUUUUAAAAAUACAUUAAUGUUACAUUAAAGCAAUUGUAAAUUGCCAUAAUAAUUUAUGAAAUAAUAAAAUAACAUUAAAUAUUCAUUAUAUAUAUAUAUAUAUAUAUAUAUAUAUAUAUAUAUAUAUAUAUAUAUAUAUAUAUAUAUAUAUAUAUAUAAACCUGAGCCUAAACAUUUAAAAUCUAACUGACCCCAAACUUUUUAAAAUCUGAAUUCAUCUGUCAGCUUAAUUCUUUAUUAAAUCCUCUCUGAUAGUAAAACAUCUUACUGACACUAAAAAUAUUCAGAAGCAUUGUUAACAUUUUAAUUCAGUCCAGUUGUUUCCAGAAAUACAAAUAAAUAUACAAGUAGACUAAUUCAUAUCACUACUAAAUAAUUAGACAACAGAAACACUUAAAAGAAUAAUUUUACAAAACAGACACCAAACAACUUGAAAAUUAAGCGCCAUCCAUACAGUAUGUUGGCAUUAGACAAUAAAUAGAAUUUAAAUGUAAUUUUUAACGGAUUUUGACGAUCAUACAGUGAACGAUCUGAUACAGUGGUGAUCCACUGGAAGAGAAAACUCAAAUCUGAACUAAAAAGUUUUUGAUUAAGUGAGAUCCAGGCCACCAAAAAUUUUAAAUGGAAACAGUGAAAUAACCUUUUCCUACCAAAUCAUGUAAAUACACUAAACCACAGAAAAAUAAAUAUUUUCAUCACUCAUUUGUGAUGCCUUGCCCAUCAUCUCGAAAAAACACGUGUCUCCGUUUAGCUAUGUAAGCAUUAUUAUCAGUGCCAGCGUCUGUUUUAUUCAAACAACCUGGAAGCCUGCAGCUUCCAAAAUAAAUAAACUGCCUCUGAACGUGAAUGUCAGCACAUCAUGUGAUCCAGGAGAUCGUCACAUACUGUACGAUAAGAAACAAAACUGGUCGCAUGCACUUUCUGUUUCAUAUAUACAAGAACAGCGCAACAGCUC